AUGGCAGCAGAUGGGAAUUUCCAGACGGGCAUUUCAGCAUUAGUUCGUAGUCCUGCCGCUGGCACACGGUCCGGGAGCAGAGGCUGCUGGAACUGGGCGAUGCUGAGUGGCUCCCAGCUCCCAGCAGCCUCGUCGGCAGCGGCGCCUGAGGCCCUGCCGAUGCGCAUCCGGCAUGUGUACGGCGCCCAGCACCCCCCCUUCGACCCACUGUUACACGGCACCUUGCUCAAGGGCGCACCCAAGGCGCCCGCCACACCCGUGAAGGCCAAGAGCAUCAGCACCUUCCCGGAGUUUGAGAGCAACACCAGCGACGCCUGGGAUGCCGGCGAGGACGAUGACGGGCUCCUGGCCGUGGCAGCCGAGAGCCUGAACACCGACGUGGUCAUGGAGACGGCCCACCGCGUCCUGCGCAACCACAGCCAGCGGCAGGAGCGCCGCAAGCCGCAGGAGGCGCCGGGCCCCGAGCAGGAGCCACAGCCUUCGGCAGAGCCUCCUUAUGUCCCGAGCGGUGACCUCGGCUGGUGAAGUCUGUCAGCGAGAGCCACACAUCCUGUCCUGCAGACAGCGCCGGUGACACUGCUCCUCUGCAGCGGUCCCAGUCUCUCCCGCACUUGGUGGCGGCCGCCGUGGGUGGCACGUCUGACCCCAGCGCCCUCAGCAGCUCAGCGUUAAGUGAACGAGAGGCCUCCUGGCUCGACAAGUUCAAGCAGCUCCUUGCCGGCCCGAACACA